CUGGAGGGAAAUAGCGUCCUGACUUCCUUGGCGUGUGUCUGUGCUUGGUGAGGAGAUGAACGGGAAGCGGCCCGCCGAUCCGGGCCCGGCGCGGCCAGUGAAGAAGGGAAAGAAGCAGGUAGCGGCGGAAUUUUCGGACGCUGUCACGGAAGAAACCGUGAGGAAGCAGGUGGCUGAGGCCUGGAGCCGCCGGACACCAUUCAGCCAUGAAGCUAUUGUCUUGGACAUGGAUCCUUUUCUUCACUGUGUAAUCCCCAACUUCAUCCAAAGCCAAGACUUCCUGGAAGGACUUCAGAUGGAACUUUUGAGCCUGGACUUCCAUGAAAAGUACAAUGAUUUAUAUAAGUUCCAGCAGUCUGAUGAUUUGAAGAAGAGAAAAGAGCCUCACAUCUCAGCUUUAAGGAAACUUAUGUUUGAAGAUUUUCGGGACUGGCUUUCUAAGGUUUCCAGCAUUGACCUAGAACCAACCAUUGAUAUGUCCUGUGCUAAAUACGAGUUCACUGAUGCUCUGCUCUGCCAUGACGAUGAGCUGGAGGGGCGGAGGAUCGCCUUCAUUCUGUACCUGGUUCCUUCCUGGGACAGGAGCUUGGGGGGCACCCUGGACCUUUACAACACUGAUGAACACUUCCAGCCAAAGCAGAUUGUCAAGUCUCUUACCCCUUCGUGGAACAAACUGGUUUUCUUUGAAGUAUCUCCAGUAUCCUUCCACCAGGUAUCUGAAGUUCUGUCUGAAGAAACAUCACGUUUAUCUAUAAGUGGCUGGUUUCAUGGUCCUUCGUUAGCCAGGCCUCCCACCUACUUUGAGCCCCCAAUUCCUCGACACCCUCACAUCCCACAAGACCAUGAGAUUUUAUAUGAGUGGAUCAACCCUGCUUAUCUGGAGAUGGAUUAUCAAAUGCAAAUUCAAGAAGAAUUUGAGGAAAGGUCUGAAAUUCUCCUGAAGGAGUUUCUUAAGCCUGAGAAAUUUGCAAAGGUCUGUGAAGCCUUGGAGAAAGGAGGUGUGGAAUGGAAUAGCCGUGGUCCCCCAAACAAAAGGUUCUAUGAGAAAGCGGAAGAAAGCAACCUCCCCAAGAUACUGAAGGAGUGCAUGGGCUUGUUCCGCUCCGAGGCACUGUUCUUGCUGCUCUCCAACUUCACCGGCCUGAAACUCCACUUCCUGGCCCCGUCAGAAGAAGAUGAGAUUGAGGACAAAGGAGAGGGAGAAGCAGCCUGUGCUGCUGAUGGCACGGAAGAAGGGACUAGCCAAAGCCCCUCAGGGCCCGAGAAUAAACAGGCAGCUCUUGGCAGCCACAGUCAGGAGAGUGGUGAACAGACAGACCUGGAACCACAGGAAGAUGAAGCAAAGAAAGAAUCAGGUGUUCCCAUGUGCCAGGGGGAGCUGAGGCACUGGAAGACUGGUCACUACACUUUAGUCCACGACAACAGCAAGACUGAAUUUGCCUUGGACCUGUUUCUCUACUGUGGCUGUGAAGGCUGGGAGCCAGAGUAUGGCGGCUUUACUUCCUACAUCGCCAAAGGUGAAGAUGAAGAGCUGCUCAUAGUGAAUCCAGAAAACAAUUCUCUGGCAUUGGUCUACAGAGAUAGAGAAACUCUGAAAUUUGUGAAGCACAUUAACCACCGAAGCCUAGAGCAACAGAAAACCUUCCCAAACAGAAGUGGUUUCUGGGACUUUGCAUUCGUCUAUUAUGAGUAACAGGAUUGGGCAAAGCCAACAGCAUUCAUCAGUGCUGGGAAACCUGGGGUCUUCUUGGAGUGCAGGAAAGAAAGCAUGCAGACUAACAGGGUCCUCCAACAGGCUAUCUUCACUGGCUGUGCUGCUGCAUACCUGUAAUGCAGCCUUGGGGGGCAGAGAAAGGAGGACCUCCAGUUCAAGGUCAGUAUGGUCUAUACAGUGAGACCCCAAAACAAAACAAAUCUUGGUUGUCCCAUUUAUGGAAUUCAUGAUUGUCCUCAACCUAGACAUCGGCCACCAGCUAUGUACUUAUCCCUUGGUUGUUUCGUUUUGUUUUUUAAGUUCCCGCCCCCAUAGAACCUCCUUUGGUUCUAUGGUGACUGCCUCAGCAACUUCUAACUUUGGUGAUUUUUUUUUUAAUUGUGGUAAAAUAUAUAUAACAUAAAAUUUAGCAGGAUAACUUUUUUAUUUUUUGGUUUGAGGUUUUUUGUUUUGUUUUGUUUUGUUUUCUUUUGACAGGGUUUUACUAUAUAGCCCAGGCUAGCUCUUAACUACUGAUCCUUCCACCCCAACCUCCAAGUGCUGGAAUUAUAGGCAUGAGCUACCAGGGCCACCAGUUCUUGUAUGUAUGUAUAUACAUCUGUGGAACUGAGCACACUGACAGUGCUCCAGAGCAUCCAUCACUGCCAUCCGUAUCCAAAUGUUUUCUGUCUCCCCAAAGUGUAAUUCCGUGCCCUUUGAAUAGUCAGUCUCACUGGCUACUGCCUCUUCUCUAUUAAUUUGACUCUGCCUCUUAAGUGAAUCAAACAGUAUUUAUCCCUUUAUACUUGGCUUGUUUCACUUAGCACAGAGCCCUCAAGGUUUAUCAGCGUUCCCAGUGACUUCUUUUUCACUCAUAUGUGGUUGUAGAAAUGUGUGUAACCCUGUUCAUGUUGAGCCUGAGCUCUGUGGCCCACUUUCAGUCAUUACACUGCUCCCCACUGUGGGCUGAGUUCCACCCUGACUCUCAGGUUGUAGACUCGGAUGGGUAGUGGGGCUUGGGAAAGAUGUGGCUGAAAACUAGCUUAGCCCUGGGAAUUAUGUGGCUGAGAAAGAGGACAGGCUGCUUACUGCCCCACUUAUUUACUCUCAAGUGUCUACUGCAGCGGAUCGCGACCCUUUCACAGAGGUCACAUAUCAGAUAUCCUGCAUAUCACAUAUUUACAUUACAAUUUGUAACAGUAGCAAAAUUACAGUUAUGAAGUAGCAACGAAAAUAACUUCAUGGUUGGGGGUUGCCACAACAUGAGGACUGUGUUAAGGGGUUACAGCACUAGGAAGGUUGAGAAGCACUGGUCUACUGCCUUCCAGACCUGGAGCUGUGACUUCUGUGAGUCUAGCCUCGCAGUGACUGUUCCUACAUGCUGCCGGGCCAGGUGUAGCUUGUUGCCUUUUCCUUCCCUUUGAAAGGCUAGCUCUAAGAGGCUGAGUCAGAAUUACAAGAAGCCUUCAUUUCCUUCCAUUCUUUCUCCUGCUCUGCUCCAUGGGGCUGUGACACAGCUCUUCCCACUGCGGGGUACGCACGAUGGCUGCCAGAUGUUCUCGCCCCACCCCACCCGGUGUCUGUUUGCUGCUUUCUCCAUUUCUGACUAUCCUUGCAGGUUCAGUGUGGACUUUACUUAUUAAUAGGAAAAGCACUGGACCUUUAAAUUUCUCCUUCACACUUCUCUUUCAUGUCUUAAAACUCCAUCCAAAUACCAUCUUAUUGGGAUUAUAUUGCUAGCAAUCCAUGGAGUCUGCUUAAUGAUCAAAGGAAUUUAUUUGGGGGUUAACUCACAAGACAGAAUAGAGGAAUUUGUCGCAGGAUCCUGGAAGGGUGAGGCACGGUCCAAUGCUGUUCUCUGAAGAACUUUGCCCUGGUCCGUCCCAGCAUCCAAAACCAUGAGGUAGUGAAGAGAGAGCCAAGUACAUGCAUCCCAGGUCUUAAGGGUAACACACAGACACACACACACACACACACACAGCGGCCAUGCCCCAGAGGCAUGUACCUCAAGGUCAUAGGCAGGUGUACCAGUUACCUGCCACCUCACUAGGGGCGGUGCUUCAGGGCAUGGCUCAAACAGCUCCCACUACAUCAUCUGUCUUUUACAUUGAUGGGCUUCAGUUUGUUUUCUUUGCCCCAUUGAGUAAAACACAUUUAACACUCAUAGCUUAAUGGAUACUUAUAAGUUUUAGGUGUUCUGAUAUUAAUCAUAAAACAAAGUAAUUUUUAAAUAAUGAGAUGAGAAUAUCCAGACAACUUUAUUGGACCAGGAGGUGGAGGCAAGAACAUCAAGAAGUCAAGACUAUCCUCAGCUACACAGUGAGUUCAAGGCCAAUCUGGGCAAUAGUAGACUUUAUCUCAAAAACAAAGAGCUGGGAGUGGUGGCCCAUGUCUUUAUCCCAGCACUUGGGAGGCAGAGGCAGGCAGAUCUCUGAGUUUGAGGCUAGCCUGGUCUACAGAGUGAGUUCCUGGACAGCUAGGGCUACAUAGCAAGUCCUGUUUCAAAAAAACAAAACCAAAGACUAUCCAGAUCUAGUUUCUCAGGCCAGAGGUGAUAGGCAUUAUCCAUGUAUACUGUGUUGGACUCCACAGCAUUAUAAACCACAUCAUGCUCAAGCAGGACUAUGAAUACUUUGUUGCUACAGGUUAAUUCUGAAGCUUACCCUUUCUGAAUUGCUCCAGACUAAAGGCAGGCGCUCUCUCUGUCCCCCCCUCCCCCAAAUCUCUGUCUCUGUCCGAGGUGCUGGGACUCAGACCCAGAGCUUGCUAUAUACAUACCUCCAGUCAUUCUUGUUUUUGUUUUUUCCUGAACUGGGUACUCAACUCUGCAGGCCAGGCUGACCUUAAACUCAAGGUCCUCCUGCCUCAGGCUCCUACAUGGCAGGAUUACAGUGCUAUACUACUACAUCCAACUCCUUAGUUUUUGGUGUGUUCUCAUGAGUGGGGGCAGAAAGAAUGAGUUUAGAUAACAUUUUGUCAGUGGAUUAACUCCAGGAAGACCCAGGGAAAAGUGCUAGAUAAUGAAAGCAUUCUGGGAGCCAAAGCAUGUAUCUCUUAGCAUUAUUCAAUACCACCCAGCUUUUCCUGUUCUGGAGACCUGUGGCUGAAUCUUAAACUCUCACUUCAUCCUCAUAUGCUUAUGGUCUGUCAGCACAACAGGACCUUUACAAGACUGAGUUGAAAUGCCUGAACAGAAAGAAUCCUGAAGGGUCCCUCUGUCUUUGCAGAGCCUCCUGGCCUGCAAGAACACUAGGACCUGCAGGUUGCUUCUUUUCAUUUGUCACGUGCCACGUUAUUGAUGUGGUAAGACCCUAAGUCUACAGUGGAGCUGAAAGAUUCCUAUACUCCAAAUCGUGCAUGGUCAUGGUGAUGAACAGGCCACCUGUGCUGCUGCUGCAUGAGAGGACAGCGCAUGCAGCUGUGCACGGAACGGUUGAUAGCAGGCCGCCCCUGUGUGUGCCCACCACACACUAGCUGCUCAGGGUGCACUGCUGUUAAGGCGCUAACUCCCACGUGGCUUCAGGCAGGGCCUUCAGGGGUAUUCCAGAGGAAGGCAUGGCUCUGGGGGCUGACGUUUCUGUGGGCAUUACUUCCCCUAAAGACCACAGUAGAACAAGGGAAAGGCAGUGAUGAUGAUGAUGCCAAUCCUAAGUGUGAGGGCCUGAGCCAGUAUGCGUGUGUCUUAGUUUUUAACAAAAAUUUCAGAAAGUUUUUAAAAAAAUUUGAAAAUAACUUGAAGGAAAUAUUUUUGUACAGUUAUACAAUGUGAAGUGUUGUUAUAAGUCAAAGUUAUAAAAAUUAUAGUUUAAAAUAAAGAAGUUCUAUUACGUAAACUAAGGCUAUUGAAUAUAGAGUAUUUUUAACAUGUACACGUUGGAAGCCUGAAAGCUUCCGCCUUGUUUGUUCAAGUACACAGUCGUAUUUGCACAAUGAACUUGCUCACCUCAUGAACUCUGCUCCAUUCUUGAUCCUAACUGAUUGCUGCUUUGGGCAGAGGGCAAAAGAGGAAUGUGGACUCUUAGCACCUCCUCUUGAUCAAAGCUAUGCUGUUUUUGUGUGACAAUGGCAUGUCUCUUUUAGUUCUUAAUAGUGAGCCUCUAAUUCCUUUUAUUUUGCUUUCUUAUUUAUUGGUGUUUUGAGAAGGGUCUCUUUGUAUACCCUAUCCCCCAACUGCUAAUAUUACAGAAGUACACCUCUGUGUCCAGCUGUGAACUUCCAGUUCUUGUAACUCCUUUUCCUCAAGGUGGACUUCCCUCCAAAGAUAACCGCUUUCUAUCUUUUCAGAUUAUAUAAAUAUGCAUGUUCAUUGUUGAGAAAUUCAAACUAUGUUGAAAAACACAAUAGUCAGCUGCAGUCUCGUCCUGUGAAACCAGAGUGUGUCAAUGUGUCCACCCUGCACUGUUAGGAAGCAUGGCUCUUCUUUGUCCUCUCUUCCCUUUCUUCUGGGGCAGAGACAAAUACUAGGUCCUGGGGCAGCCUUGCAGGCAGGGCUCCGAACGAGUGAUAAAGGCCACCACUCCAUACAAGAAUGAAAGAGUUGCCUGAGUGGUUCCUUAAGCAAGUCUCUCAGGUCCUUAUGAAUGAAAAGCUGCAGCCAGUGAUGCCUUUGGAGAUCUGUAUUCCAGCUAAUGCUACCCCAACUGACAGACCACCUUGAAAUUUGUUUUUCCUUAAUAUAAAUUUGUUUACACACACCUUUGGAUGAUUAAAAAUUUGAAUGUCUGUAUUUUUGUUUUUCCCCACAAAAUAAAGAUGUUUUGUGCA